AUGCAGUUGUUUGCACCGCAAAUUUUCAACCCGUUCACGCAAAAUCAAUCAUCACUCAUCAAUUGUCCACAGCCUGUGAUGCCAGCGAACCUCACAAAACCGCCAAAUCAGUGGAGUAAAGAAGAAGUUGGAGCUUGGUUAGCCUGGUGUGCUGAGGAAUUUUCUAUUGAUUCUGUCUCUCCUGAAAGAUUUAACAUGAAUGGUCGCGCCGUUUGUUUGCUGAACAGAGACGACUUCAUGCAAAGAUCACCGGAAGCUGGAGACGUUUUAUACAAUGCUCUUCAGAUGUUGAUUAAAAGACAAUUGCCGAUGCCUGCCCUUAAACCGAGAAAUAAUGGAUUCAACUCACCAACACCUUUGCAAACGACAAUCCAAUCACAACCAUUCAUGCUAAUGGCCGGUAAUCAGAAAAUUUCCCAUACUGCUGCCACCAACUCCCCUUCCGGUCCAUUCCUUACUCCACCUCUGACGUCACCCGUGACAACUGUGCCUCCCCUUCAACAAAUCGAUUAUAAUAUAAAUAAAACGUUAAACAACACUCCAAGUAAGUCUUUAUUUUUUUGCUUCAUUUUUUAA